AUGACAACGAAGCAUGGAAAAUUACAGGAACAUGAGCCACUUGUUCUGAGAACCAAGGACAACAAAGUCACCUUCCACUUGCCCUCUGUCUAUACAGUAGAUCCCAAGGCUCGCCUCAAUGCACGUCACACCAUGCAUCUGUCAGGCUUCAUGAAGACGGUAUGGGCAAAGACAGACACGAGUUACCUCCACGCCAAACAUGCGGAUUUAAAAUUUCCAUCUCGGUUGCGUCACCAUCUACUCGGCCUGGUCAGUGAGGCAGCCAAAGACCCGCGGAUACACUUCAGCAGCACUGAACUUGCCAUUCUCUUCCAGAUGUACUUUCGACUCGCGCGCCAGGAAGUGCGUCCACUAAAGCUCGCGGAAGUGGAACGAUUUCUCUACUUGACUCUGGAUAUUUCGCAUAGUCUCACAUUAAUGCGCCUUGCGCGUGCCGCCCUGUUACUUCGCACGGGCAGUAAUCGGGGCAGAGUGAAGGCGGUGGGUGCCGUCGAGUUUGUCCUUUUCAUUUCCACCCUACUCAGGGGCAGUACCGCCGAACGCGCCGAUCUCGCCUUCUACGCCAUGGAUAUUGACGGUGAUGGACUCCUGCGUCAACCAAUUGAGUUCACUGUCUUGCUGCAGAACUCUUUCCCCCCGGACUUCGCUUCGACUAACGCAGACCUAGACCCUGAACAACCCGUCCGCGAUGCAAUCGCCUUCCUCACGCGGAAGGCCGGAAUUCAGAUGGGCGGUAGCUUGGACUUGGAAGCAUUUCGGAAACUGGCAGCCUCUGAGCCCUGGGUGGUGGAGUCUCUGCUUCGUUGCAUUCCCACUGACGGUGCAAAUAUGGCCUUCCAGAGCACCUUCUCAGCAAACAUCGUGCUACCUGCGCGAGAGACUAUUAGCCCUCUUCGUCGUCAGAGCGUAGCAGCACUGUUCCGAACAGAACCUCAGAAAUAG